UGAUAUGGUUUCACCUUGGGUGCAUAUCGCUGUGGAGAGCCACACAUUUUAUUGUAGCUAGAAAUUUGACAUUCAAAUGAAAGAUAAAUGUCACUGUAGUAUUGCGGCGCGUAAGACCGUUCUUCAAACAGAGAAGAAACAUGAAACAAGACGUCAGGAUACUUUUAUUGGGGGAGCCCAAGGUGGGGAAGACAUCACUCAUCAUGUCUUUGGUUGGUGAGGAGUUCCCAGAAGAGGUUCCCCCCAGAGCUGAAGAGAUCACCAUCCCUGCUGACGUGACUCCGGAGAAGGUGCCCACACAUAUAGUGGACUACUCAGAAAAAGAGCAGACUGAUGAAGUCCUUAGAGAUGAGAUCAUCAAGGCUAAUGUGGUGUGUGUAGUGUAUGAUGUCACCAACGAGGACACGAUAGACAAGAUCAGAACUAAAUGGAUACCUUUAGUUAAUGGCGACGCAGAGAAAGGCAACAAAGUUCCCAUCAUCCUCGUGGGAAACAAAUCUGACCUGCGCUGUGGGAGCUCAAUGGAAACCAUUCUUCCCAUCAUGAACCAGUUCUCUGAGAUUGAGACAUGUGUUGAGUGUUCUGCAAAGAACCUGAAAAACAUUUCAGAGCUGUUCUACUAUGCACAGAAGGCAGUUCUUCACCCCACUGCACCUCUUUACGACCCUGAGGACAAACAGCUAAAACCAUUGUGUGUCCGAGCCCUUAGCCGAAUAUUCUACAUUUCCGAUCAGGACAACGACCGAAUCCUCAGUGACGCUGAACUCAACUGCUUUCAGAAAUCUUGUUUUGGGAAUCCUCUGGCACCUCAAGCCUUAGAAGAUGUGAAGACAGUAGUUUGGAAGAACACCAGUGAUGGGGUGCAGGACAACGGGCUGACCCUAAAUGGUUUCUUGUUCCUUAAUACAUUAUUUAUCCAGAGGGGCCGACAUGAAACCACGUGGACUAUCCUCAGGAAGUUUGGUUAUGAUGACAACCUUGAGCUGACUGAUGAUUACCUUUACCCUGAACUACGAGUUCCCAUCAACUGCACCACAGAGCUCAAUCAUUUCGGUCACCAGUUCCUCCAGCGGCUGUUUGACAAGUACGAUGAAGACAAAGACUCUGCCCUGUCACCGACAGAGCUUAGGAACCUGUUUUGCGUCUGUCCUUAUAUGCCAUGGGGAGCAGAGGUCUACGUGACUGUCCCAACCACAGACGAGGGCUACAUCUCUAGGCACGGCUACCUCUGUCAGUGGACGCUUUCUGCUUACCUUGACAUCCACCGUUGCUUGGAACACCUAGGAUACCUAGGCUACCCUAUCCUCACUGAGCAGGACUCACAGACUGCCGCAAUCACAGUAACACGGGAGAAAGAGGUGGACCUGGAGAAGUGCCAGACACAGCGGACAGUGUUUCUCUGCAAGGUGAUCGGACCGCGGGGUACAGGCAAGACAGCCUUCCUCCAGGCCUUUGUGGGCCGCAACGUUGUGAAUAAGGAAAAUUCCAGCAGUGCCUUCUCCCCCUAUGCCAUAAACACUGUCCAAGUCAGCAAACAAGAGAAGUAUCUUAUCCUCAAUGAGGUGGAUGUGGAGGUGGAGUUCCUGAAGGCAUCAGACGCCUCCUGUGAUGUUGCUUGUCUCAUGUACGACACCAGUGACCCACAUUCCUUCGACUAUUGUGCCAGUAUAUACAAGCAACACUACAUGGAGAGCAACAUCCCAUGUGUGCUGGUCGCCUCCAAGGUGGACCUUCCUGAGGUCAAGCAGUUCCAUGGGAUGACCCCAGCAGAGUUCUGUUAUAAACACCGACUGCCUCCACCGCUGCCCUUCUCCAGCCUGCUCAUUGACUCCACCAGCAAGAACAUCUCCACCAGGCUUGCCUGGGCAGCAAUGUACCCACACCUGAAUGGUUCAGACAUGAGCAACACAUCAUUCUGGCUGAGAGUGACGUUGGGCUCGGCUGUGGUUGCAGUCCUGGGCUUUGCUAUCUACAGAGCCAUUGCCAGACUGAAAUGAUCGACAACCAGCUGAGGUUUUUUUCCCCACGCUUCCAUUCAUCCAUACAGACCAAACCUUCGAGACCAGAUCCAGAACCACCGCUGUCUGAACUAGACAUACUUUGCAUCAUUUUACUUUUCACCCUGAAGGCUUCCAGGAUACUCUUCAUCUCUCUGCCCUUUGUCAUUACCUGACUUCUUCAUUUUGUCCUACCCACUGAGUCAAGUGAUCGCAAUAGUCCAAAGGCCAUUGGAAAGCUAGUGAUCAUAUUGUUCUCCCCGCUGCUGUGCCCAGCUUUUUCUGCCUUAUAUUGUUCAACCGACCUAAGUAGGAGUUAGCCUGCCAGUGCUCGGUACAUUGAUACAUGAAGGACUGUUCGUGUCCAAACAGGUGCUUUAUCAGAGGGGUUAGAAAUGCACGAAGACGGUUGCGUCUAAUCUAUUUCUUUCCCCUGUUAGGUGUUAAUGGUGAGAUUGGAGAAUUUUUAUAUACAUGCAGUGUCUCGUAGGCAUAAUAUAUAAAAAAAGCCAAAUUGACUAGACUGAAGAACCAAAGGGCAGCACAUGAAGCUUUUUUAACAGCAAACAUCCUGAUUGUCACUGAAUCUGUAGCUGGAACUCCUCAAUGAACAAUACUCUAGUAGUACUCUACUUUGACCAUGCCACCACAGAUACAUGAUGGUUCAUGACCGAUUUGCCAAAUAACUACAGCAGCAAUGAGUAGUCAUAGCAUGUUAUUUGCCCCUUAGGCAUAUUUAAAGUUUUUAGCUGUAAGGCUGAGCUGUGGCAGAGAGAGAGAUGUGCAUGAAGAAAAAUGGUGGUUUGUUUAUGCAUCUGCAGGAACUUAGAACAUAAUUAUUUUCUCCUAUAAAAGGAGGCCGAGCAAAAAACCUUACAAAUGACUGAGUGUGGUCAAAUGUAUCCCUGCUUCCGCUCAUUUUCCCUCUGUUCACACUGAAAUCAAAUUAAUUACUUUUGUUCAAUCUACAUACACCUGACACUGUGCAUACACUUUGACCUUGUUACAUAAUCUGCCACUGAAAUGUUUUGUCAACAUGAGUCAGUCAUGUUAAUGUCUGUUUUGUUGCUUAAUUCAGCUGGGACCUGCUUUUUCUGCAGAGUACACUUGUGUGACUUUUAAAAUAUGGCUGUUUUCUUACUUGAAAUUGAACUGACUUAGAUGCUUAAUAAAAGACCAGACCAGACUGGGUGGGGACCUUUUCCCAAAAGACAU